CACUCAUGCUCGCUCAAUCGCACACACACAGCCAUAAUGCCUUCUUUCAACAUUGUAGUACUUGGUGGUGACGGCGUCGGACCUGAGGUCAUUGCAGAGGGCAUCAAGGUGCUGAAGGUCAUCGAGAAGCACACCGACGUCUCGUUUAACUUCCAGGAACACCUCUUUGGUGGUUGCUCGAUAGACGCGCACAACAACCCGCUCACGGACGAGACGCUCGAGGCAGCGAAGAAGGCCGAUGCCAUCAUCCUGGGCGCUGUCGGCGGACCGAAAUGGGGCACCGGCAAGGUGCGCCCCGAGCAGGGCAUCCUGAGGCUGCGCAAGGAACUCGGCACGUUCGGCAACCUGCGGCCCUGCUUCUUCGCGUCCGACUCGCUCGUCGAGCAGUCGCCGCUCAAGGCCGAAAACGUGCGUGGCGUCAACUUCAACAUCAUCCGCGAGCUGACGGGCGGCAUCUACUUUGGCGACCGCAAAGAGGACGAGGGCGACGGCAAGGCCAUGGACACGGAGCCCUACAGCGUCGAGGAGAUUGAGCGCGUGGUGCGGUUAGCCGGUAACCUUGCGUCGGUCGAGGAGCCCCCAGUGCCCGUCUGGAGCCUGGACAAGGCCAACGUGCUCGCCACGUCACGCCUGUGGCGGAAGACGUUCGAGCGCAUCAUGAAGGACGAGUACCCGCACCUGAAGUCCGGCACGCACCUGAUCGACUCGGCGGCCAUGCUGAUGAUCAAGAACCCGCGCGCGCUGAACGGCGUCGUCGUGACUAGCAACCUGUUCGGCGACAUCAUCUCCGACGAGGCCAGCGUCAUCCCCGGAAGCUUGGGGCUGCUGCCCAGCGCCAGUCUGGGAGGCAUUCCCGACGGCAAGACCUUGCUGAACGGCAUCUACGAGCCCAUCCACGGGUCCGCGCCCGACAUCGCCGGGCAGGGCAUCGUCAACCCCGUCGCGACAAUCCUGUCGAUGAGCAUGAUGUUCAAGUACUCGCUCUGCCUGCCGCAGUACGCUGCCAAGAUCGACGAGGCGACCAAGAUAGCAAUCGACAACGGCGUUCGCACAAAGGACAUUGGUGGCUCGUCGACAACGUCGCAGGUCGGUGAUGCGAUUGCCGCCGAGCUGGAGAAGUUGCUCCAGUAGAGGUUGCAGCAUGUAUACGCCGUAUGAUACAAAAUGGCCGGAGAUUAGUGUACAGAGGACAUGCACGCGAUACGUAAGAGGACUGUGCUAUCUGUGUUUCUCGUCAACCGUGAUGAUGGGUGAGAGUGAGUCGUGACAGUGUGCGUGUUGUGGGCACAGUACAGUAGAACGAGAGUGUUGAGCCUGGAAUCACGUGCUCACGCGCUCUGCCAUCCGAUGCACGAUGACUGAAUGCCGUCUCGAGUUUCAGCCGCACAAAAUCGGUGCCCACACCUUCGCGGGCGAGGCGUGGCAUGUGAUCUGAUCCUAGCAGUGUGGGGAAG